AUGACCACCCUGCUCCAGCUGUUGAGGAGCGGCCUUCAUCCCGCUCGACUCCCCUUCCCCGUCCCUCCCGCGCCCGAACUUGACGGCGUGCCUCAACCAGCACCUACAGUGAGCUACGAUGAGCAGUGGAUGCCUCGUCACAUCCUCCAGAUCGACUCCCUCGUCUCGCUCGUCACGGACUCGUUGCUCAACGGCGUCUCCAACCGUCUCACCGAGCUGGGCAAGGCAGACCCAGUCGUGCCAGCCGAAAUUCUGCAAGGUUUCGAAGCGGGGUUUCGGUGGUUCGCGCGCCGCCUCGAGUUGGUGAGGAAGGAGGACAUCCGCGUUGCCGUCGCCGGGCUUAUGCAACCGUUGCUGGAUCUCGUCUCCUUCAUCGACGAGGUUCUCGAGCUCCCGACGGACUUCAGCGAUGCAGCCGUUUCCGUCGAGCAACCUGUCCCCAUCCCGCUCACGAGGCACUCGGCGCUGCUCACCGACGUCUUGCUGGUUCGACGAACGGGCGACUUCCAAGGUCGCCAAUUCAUGUCGUCCGGCACGAUUGAGCGUCCGCCCCUAUCUCAAGCAACUCCCAUGCCGCGUCAGCAGCAUUCUUACCGCCUGACCGCGCCUAUCUCGUACGAAGAGGGAAGCAGCGGGCGUCUCCAGCGACUCGACACCCUCUUGCGUAGACCUGGAGGACUGGCCUUUAGCAGGGACGAGUGGGAUUCCGAAACGGAGGUGUACACGCUGGUCUACCAGGCUUCGCUUGCGGCUCAAGCGUUCUCGCACCGCAUGUUCUACUUUACCGACGCAUCGGCAUUCUCCAUUGCUUUCAACUGCUUCUUUGGCGACACUCGCGUCAUUGCCAUCAGUCCCCUGCACACGCUUCUCCGACCUGCUUCCGUCGCACCCGAAGCACAGCCAUCGUUUCUCGUCACAAUCCUCACUUCUUUCUUCCCCGAGUACUUCCCUAACGACCUCUUGCGGGACCUAGUCGUCGAGAAAAAGUCGACGCUCACGGCAUCCUGCCGACCAGGUCCAGCUGGCUCCCCCUCAUGGAGAACCCUCACCUUCCGCAACAUUCACCACUUGGCGACGGCGGAGUCACGCUUGUACCGUCGUCUCGUCCGCCGGGGUACAACCUCCGAGGUCUGGCAAGCCAAGCUCGGAGACUCCCGACUCGUCGUUAAGUACGUUCAGGGCCAGCUUCCCUCGGCGGUCCAGCACCUCUCGAACGAUCGCGACAUCUUCGCGAAGUACAAGCCGGCGAUCGACGAGGUUGCAGUUGGGUUGGAGGGUUUGUGGCAGUCAGAGAUUGGAGACGUCGUUGGAGUUGGUCCGUAUGGAGGCCAGAGCCCUAGGGAGUGGAGUGACUACACGCAAGAGCAGCGCCUUCAAGUCUUCUUCAAGCUCCUUAUCCUCCACCAACAGAUCGGUCUCAUUCACGGCGACGCCAAGCCUUCUGCGACAGUCAUCACGACGUCUCCGUCGGGGUCCGACUUGGUUCGCUGGGUCGACUUCGGCGCUGCGACCGAGCAUGCGGAGGCCUGCGGCGGAUUGGCGUGCCGAGAGCUUCGGCAGUGCCUCAUGUCGAUGCGCUUGAGCGGCGAGAUGUUGGACAAGCUCAGGGAGGAGGUUGAAGCAGCUGGUUUGGUUCUGUAG